AAGAUGAGGAUUUAAGUGUUUAUCCAACUAUUUCAUCAUAAACCACUGAAUAAAUAAUGUUCAGCAUAAAUAAUGCCUCCAUAUAAUGCUAACUCUGCAUGCUUUAAUAUAGGUGAAUUUAAUAUGAACUGUUGUAAAAUUGCAAGGGUAUCUCAGCCACUGCUCAAUUUUAGCAUUUUUUUUUUCAAACCAUGAUUGUAAAUGGACAAUUUGUGUGAGCUAUUUGGUUAACUCUCUAUUACUCAUAGGUGGAUCAUCCAAAGUGUGCACUAACAGAAACAGACAAGGAAAUGCUCAACUGAGGCACACAGCAAGUGUAUCUGCAAAGCCCAGGCCAUCUGACUGUUGAGUUUACUUCAGACUGUAGACAUGGUACACCUGUGUCCACACCAGCCCUAAGUCAUUCCUGAUGGAUGGAACAAUCUUCACAAAUCUGGCUGCUGGGACUCACUUUCAUGAAACCUCUGCUCAGACUGUGAACUCAUGCCAGAUUUUAAGUCCAUGUGAUGGACAUAAAGCUUUAUGGUCUUUGCUCUUCUGCUCCAUCCCCCAAGAGGGCCUGAGUUUAGUGUCUCAGGUUUGGCAUUCACUCACAGGUUUCAGAUUUGUUUAGGUUGGAGCAGAUCACUGAGAUAUUCAAGUCCAACCUGGGACCAAUCACCACUUUGUCAAGUAGAGCACAUCACCAAUGCCACAUCCAGUCCUUUGUUAAAAACCUCCAGAGAUGGUGACUCCACCACUGCCCUGGGCAGCUGACUGUAACACCUGACAACCCUUUUAGUGAAAAAAAAUUCUCCUAAUGUUAAACCUGACACUGACACAUUUUACCUGUGGAUGAAGAAGAGAGGCAUUUUAUGGAGCUCAGAUUAAAGUGCCUAUGAAGAGUCAGCUGGAUUCCCUGAGGCCUUAUUAGGGUUUAUUAGAUUGGGAUAAUUUGAUAUUUCUUAACAAAAAACAAAAGACCUUUUAGUCAUGAAAAAAGAAGUCGGAACAGCCUCCAGCAGUGCAAGGCUGGCACCUCACGCUUCCCAGGCACUGCGCUCAUCGCUGCCUGCAUGCUCCCAGGCACUGCCUUCUCCUCAGAGCCCUUCCUGCUCCGGCCACCGCACUGGGCCCCAGUCCCAAACCCAGCCGUGCUGGGCGCACUCAUCUCAAACACACUUUCACGGGUAGGGCUGGAAGGGACCACAGCGGCUCCUCUGGUCCAGCCUCCCUGCUCAAGCCGAGUCACCCCAGAGCACAGGGCACAGCUCCGGAGCAUCCCCAGCGAGGCAGGCUCCACACCGUCCCUAUGCAAUCUGUCCCGUGCUCGGUCAGUGUUCAGCGAGGAAGUUCUUCACGUUCAGGCGAAACUUCCUGGGCAUCAGCUCCUGUCCAGUGCCUCUUUGUCGUAUCGCUGCGCACCACCGAGCGGAGCCCGGUCCAUCUUCUGGAAACCUUUAGACAGUUGCACACAUUAACGAAAUCGCCUCUCGGUGGUCUCUUCUCGAGGCUGAACAAGGCACAACUCCCUCGCGUUUCCUAGUCAGAUAGAUAACGUAUCCUCGCUCACAGGGGCCUACGCCGCUCCCCGCCGCCCCGGCCUCCCGCAGCCCCUCACGGCGCUCCCGGGGCCCCGCCCGGCCCCUCUCCGCCUCCGCCGGGGCUUCCGCCCGGGGCGCGGGGCAGGGCGGGGACAGCGGGGAAGAUGGCGGCGCCCUUGGCCGGGCAGGCGGGGGCCGUGCUGCGGGACCUGGCCCUGCGAUCCGCCCGCCUGCGGCCCCAAUUCCCGGCUGUUCAAUUAACCCCCAGACGAUGGCUCAACCUGCAGGAGUACCAAAGCAAAAAAAUAAUGGCAGACCAUGGGGUUACAGUUCAGAGAUUCUUUGUAGCUGAUUCUGCAAAUGAUGCCCUGGAGGCUGCUCAGAGACUGAAGGCAAAGGAAAUUGUUCUGAAGGCACAGAUUCUGGCUGGAGGGAGAGGGAAAGGUAUUUUCAAUAGUGGAUUGAAAGGAGGAGUUCACCUAACUAAAGACCCUAAGACUGUUGAACAGCUUGCUAAACAGAUGAUUGGGUACAAUCUGUCAACCAAGCAAACUCCAAAGGAUGGUGUGACAGUUAAAAAGGUGAUGGUUGCAGAAGCACUGGAUAUUUCCAGGGAAACAUACUUUGCAAUUCUGAUGGACAGAGCCUGCAAUGGACCUGUCAUGGUUGGCAGUCCACAAGGUGGUGUGGACAUAGAAGAAGUUGCAGUAACUAGCCCAGAACUUAUCUUUAAGGAGGAAAUAGAUAUUUUUGAAGGUAUAAAGGAUCAUCAGGCAUUGCAGAUGGCAAAAAAUUUGGGAUUCCAAGGACCUUUGCAGCAGCAGGCAGCAGAUCAAAUUAAGAAGCUGUAUAAUCUCUUCUUGAAAAUUGAUGCCACUCAGGUUGAAGUCAAUCCCUUUGGUGAAACUCCAGAAGGGCAAGUUGUUUGCUUCGAUGCCAAGAUAAACUUUGAUGACAACGCAGAAUUUAGGCAAAAAGAAAUAUUUGCCAUGGAUGACAAGUCUGAAAAUGAGCCCAUAGAGAAUGAAGCUGCCAAAUAUGACUUAAAAUAUAUAGGACUGGAUGGAAACAUUGCUUGCUUUGUCAAUGGAGCUGGACUUGCAAUGGCAACAUGUGAUAUAAUAUCCCUGAAUGGUGGAAAGCCAGCCAACUUCUUGGAUCUGGGAGGAGGCGUGAAGGAAGCACAAGUCUAUCAAGCAUUCAAACUGCUGACUGCUGAUCCAAAGGUUGAAGCAAUCCUUGUGAACAUAUUUGGUGGGAUUGUGAACUGUGCCAUCAUAGCCAAUGGUAUCACCAAAGCCUGCCAAGAGCUCGAGCUCAAAGUUCCUCUGGUGGUCAGACUGGAAGGAACAAAUGUCCACGAAGCCCAGCGGAUUCUGAGUGAGAGUGGACUCCCCAUCACAUCUGCCAAUGACCUUGAGGAUGCAGCAAAGAAGGCAGUGGCAAGUGUGGCCAAAAAAUAACACCUUGAAGGUUAUUCUCGUGGAAAACUUGUGUUUCGCAAGGUAUCAUUCCUGCUGUUGUUCCAGAGGAUUAAUGGAGUUCUCCCAAGCAGAGAUCAGGCUUGGGGGACUUAACUGGAGAUACCUGGCCAACCCAGGCCAUAGCUUGCACGUUGGGCUUCAGAAAUUUUGCAGCUACAAUCUUCAAAAGUUUGUAUGUGUUCGUCUAAUUUUGAUAAUUUUGUUAGUCACAACUGUAAUCAGUAAUACUUCACUCCCUAAAGUUCUUUUUUGUCUCUCCUUCCAAAAUUGUCACUGUUAAACUCAUGAUGAGACAAAAUAAGUAAUAAUUGACUUCUGUCAACAGAAUUGUUCUUUAAUCAAACACUUUUAGGUCACCUAUUUCACGAUAUUUUCUUUUGUGUUUUUAUAUUGUAAAGAGUCACCAAACUAACUGUGGCUUUAUAUUUUUUAUGGACUUUUGCAAUAAUGUAAAAAGCUGUGCUUACAAUCCUAUUUUUUAUUCAAAUGAAUGAUGUUUAUUUACUUUUUUUGGAAAUCACUGGCUUUGCCUUAAGAGGAUUCUCUUUUGUUGAUGCCAAUGGAUACCUCACAACAGGAGAAGGGACUGAGUAGCUGGUAGUGAAAGGAACUCCCACUCUUACCGUGCCUAUAAACCACUAAAAUGUGAUUCAUUUCUUUUCUGCUUUUUGGAAAUGCCCUGCUGUAUUUCCAGGUGUAGCAAUGCCAUCCAGGGGGCUCCAGGAGGAUGUUUCUGCCACUAAGGAAAUGGCUGCUAACUUUUUAAAAUAACCUCUUUGGUGAGAAUGUCACUGCUGUGAGGUUUUAAAGAAAGAUGAGAAGCUGAAGCAGUUUUCUCUCAGGAGCAUGGAGAAUUCUUCAGCUGAUUUGACUUCCAACAACCAUUUCUAAUUUAUUGGGAAUAAAACACAAAUGAACUUUUCGAUUUUUAAAGUAUUUGACUUCUCAGGCAUCAGUAAAAGUAUGUAUAAGAAAAAAAAACCCUAAGUUUCAGUAUUCAGAUAUUGACCAAGAUUCAUUUUGAUUAUAUACUCUUUUGUAGCAGUCAAAAUUCAAGCUGUUAGUUACACAAAUCAUUCAUUCAGGGAACAGAGGGCAAUACUAAAGAUCUUGUGUAACUAAAGAACUUUGUACAAAUCUCACUCUGCCCAGGAAUUAUGUGCUAUUAUUAUUAUUAUUAUCAUUAUCAUCAAUAAAUUUGAACAGUGAACAAAUGAGGGGAUAUUAUGAUCUGGUCUUGUAAAUGGCAGAAAUAUAAAAAUUUGUGAAAUAAAUUCCUAAUUGUGGUAUUUUUGAGCAGCUCUAAUCAAUACCGCGUUCUGCUUAGAAAAAUGUAAAUAAAUUUUUCUUGACAUUUCCAUUAAAACUGUUACAUUCAAAAUAAAUUAUCUGCACUAAUCUUUGGCUCUUGACACAAAUGGUGCAGAUAGGUUGCUAUCAUCAAUUCCUGCAGGUUUUUCCUUCUCCAUUCCUUUCUCUACAUAUUGCUCAAGGAAAAAAUGUGUGACCAUUAGAACAGCAAUAAAUAUGCCUCUAGGUCUGUAGUUAUUGACAGAAUGAAGGAGAAGGGUAUCCUUAGCAGCUUUCUUGAAGGUGCAUAAAAGCCACACUGCUCUGAAGGAAGAAAUGUUUACCUCACCACAAUAAAUAAGAGUCACACUCUAUUUUAUAUAUUUUAAUACUGGAAAGUUAAGAUUCUGUGGAAGAACUGUUUGUGCAAUGUUGUCACACACUGUGUCCCUAACUCUGGUCUCAAAACCAUCCACUGUGAGUACACAAUUAUUAUAUUAUGCAAAGAUUAAUACUGUGUACACCAUUUUGUCAAAUAAAUGUAAAAAUGAACAUG